UUCUGGGACAGGAGAGAGGGAUUCUUUGCUCUAUGCAACAUGGAUUCCUCCACAACAGCACUGCUCCUCUGUUCUCUACUCUGGACAGUAUGUGCCCAGGCCCCAGUAGUGUCAGUUGAGCCCAGGUCAGCAGGGGUCCGGCAGGGGGAGUCGGUCAGUUUUCGCUGCCGGGUGGUUAGUGGGUCACAGCCCGUCCAUCUGGAGUGGAAGAGAACCAACAACCAUCCACUGGCAGAUAACGUGAAGAUUGGUCCGGAUGGUUCCGUGCUCACCAUCGCUAACACCAGGAAUGGUAACCAGGGGCAGUACCGUUGCGUGGCAACUAACUCUGCGGGCCGAAGCACCAUGAUGGCCUCACUGACCAUCAAACAUUCCCCUAAGGUGCGGGUAACCCCGGCAGGUCCCCUGCGAGUCCGGCUUGGUGAACCUGUAGCUCUGGAAUGCCAUGCCACAGGUAGGCCACGCCCCUCCGUUACCUGGCAACGCCACAGAACACAGCUGGUAACCACAAAGACAGAGGACACCAGUACACUGAAGGUGGCAGCAGUGAGCUCUGAGGACGCUGGAGUGUACGUGUGUCAGGCCCAGAACACUGAGGGGGUCGCCGAGAUCAAGGUGGAGGUCAUCGUUGAGGGCGGCCAGGGCGCUGCCAACGCACCCAAGGCGACGGUAUCCAUGGCAGAGGUGACAGCUGUGGAGGGUCACAUGGUCACCAUGCAGUGUCAGGCCACAGGUUUCCAUCCAACAUGUUUAUCAUGGUGCUCAUCCAACAUGUUUAUCAUGGUGCUCAUCGUCUGUGAGCAGGUGUUUAUCAUGGUGCUCAUCGUCUGUGAGCAGAGAAUUAUACAGGAGAAUGUCAGGCCUUCCAUCUGUGAGCUGAACCAUGACUUCUGCUCUGUAUCAGAGAAUUCUACAGGAGAAUGUCAGGCCUUCCGUCUGUGA